AGGGUCUCACUCUGUCACCCAGGCUGGAGUGCGAUGGCCUGAUUCCAGCCCACUGCAACCUCUGCCUCCCAGGUUCAAGCGAUCCUCCCACGCCAGCCCCUAGAAUAGCUAGGACUAUAGGUGCCUGCCACCACACCCUGCUAAUUUUUGUAUUUUUUCUAGAGAUGGGUCUCGCUAUGUUGCCCAAGCUGGUCUUGAACUCCUUACCUCAAGUGAUCUGCCUACUUUGGCCUCCCAAAGUGCUGGGAUUACAGGUGUGUGCCACGACGCCAGGCAGACAGCCGUGGUUUUGUGGCUCCUCACAUGGCCUUUCUUGUGUGCUUGAAAACUCUGGUGCCCCUUCCUCUUCUUACAAGAAUGCUAAUCCUGUUGGAUUAGGGCUCCACCCUUAUGGCCUUAUUUAACAUUAAUUACUUCCUUAAAGGCCCUAUGUCAAAUAUAAACACAUUGUGGGUUAGGUCUUCAACACAUGAAUGAGUGGGGGACAAAAUUCAGUCCAUGAUACUCAAAGAAACAGAAAUUAAUUGGUAUCUGAGUAGAAGACUGAACUUGUAGUUGAUAAUACAAGAGCUGUGGCAUUUUAUCAGUAAGUGUGAUAAAAGUUUAAUGUGCAGGGAAAAUGAAAUAUCUUUAUCCAAAAAUAAGCCUUAUGAAACAAUUAAACUGAAUGUUUGUAUUUAAAUUUAGGGUUAUGUAGGGAAUGGGAGAAGAGAAGGGAACAAUCCCCUAUAUUUCUGGAACAGUCAGACUGAGGUUUGAGGUACAAAGGAAAGGUGAGUGGGGCUCAAGAAAGAGUACAAGCCUCUAGGAUUGGAUCAUUUGCAAAAUUCUCCCACAAAGUUUAAAUGAUGUGGACUCUCUAGCACAAGAACUGUUUGUGUAAACAUGCAGAAUAUAUACAAUUUGUUAAUCAGCAAGUACAUAAGAUUGUUGAUGUGCAUGUAAUAGCCAGAUCCAGUCCCAGGACCACUUGGUUAUCGACCCAGGGGUCUUUUUCUCUUUAAGAAUGCCCUGGUUCCCUCUCUCCCCUUACCCCCAGUCAAUUUCCUGUUCACAAUUCAGCACACUCAAGAGGUUUUGUAAGGAGAAGUUUUUGCUAAGUCAACAAAAAACAAUCCUUUUAUACUCUUCCCUCUUACAAUGAAUGUACUAGUACAUUUGUAUUACUAAGGGAAGUCCCUAAAGUACCUAAAGCACCUACUCCCACAUGAAACAAGAUAUUCAUUCCCCAAGGAAACAUGUGCCCUUCAAUGUGGCAUGUACCUGGAAGUUUGACUUUGAUAGCAUUCUAUUGCAAGGUGCAGAGAAGAAUGCCAAGGUCAAUGCUCCAGGGCCAACAAGCUUUUUCCAGCCUCUCCAACAAUCCAGCCUUUUCUCUUUUGGUUCACAGACAUUGAAGACAUGGUUGUUGGACUCAUCAGUGAACAGCUUAAUCUUCUUGAAGAUUCUUUACUUUUCCUAGUCCAGAGAGAUUUGUUUGGGGCUUUUAAGUGUUAUAAUGGAACAAGUUAUCAAUUUUAUUCAAAUGGGUCUACUAGGUAUAAGUGUCCUCCUACUCAAUUGCACUAUCUAUUGCACUAAAUUAAUCCUCUGAUUGGUCUAUUAGCCUCAGAAGGAUUAGUAUUUGAAAGGGUUAAAUGCAGUUCUCAAUCAAUUAUAUUUUCAUUAUGUCACGACUAUUGAUUUGUCCCAUUAGACACAUUGUUCCUUUAAAUUGAAAACUGAAGCAGUAUAAACAUAAUAGAUUUGUAUUUUCUUUUUAAAAUGAGGUACUAUGUAAUAAAGAUCUCAAAGUGCUAGUCCUUCACAUCCGGAAAUCAGGAAGAGAAUUAAAUGCCCUAAGGCAUACAUUGUAUGUAAUGGAUUAACUUUCUCUGCAUCUAAAAUGGUAGUAGUUAUACAGUUCUUGAGAGAAUUAAGCAAAUGUCACUCAAAACAUUUUGCGCUCUAUAAACCUUAAACCCGGUUUGCAAAAGUUUUCUUUUUCUGUAGUAUGCUCUAUAUAUUUCUAUGAAGUUUCUGAUGCCCUUUCACAGAAAAAUUCUUCAUUACAAUAACAAAAUAGGAUUAUCAAGUAAUAAGCAAUAUUGGUUUCCAUAACCAGUAUCAUCUUGCAAAAUGGUUCUUCACGAUGUCUGAUACAUUUAUUUUCUAACGCACUCCAGGGUAUGAAAUGGUGAAAGGUCUGUCUUCCACUUAACCACUUAGGAAACCAAGGAAUAUAAAGUUUUUGGUUUAAACCACUAUCAAAGAUCACGUGGGUGAAAAGACCUUCCAAAUUGUAGGCUAACUGGGUCAGAGGGAUAUUAGCGGAUGAAUGUUUUCUAUGAUCUUACUAUUCCUCACACAGGGGUAAAAGGUCAGGUCUAACCUCAUGAUCUCCUGGUUUCCGAGGCGCCCUGAGGCGAUGGAGUGUCCCGGUUAAUUUUGUGGUAGCCCUCGGGAAAGGCUACGUGCCUACAGGUCUCAGUUGUGCAGCAGCGGCACCGCUCCUGGACCCCUACUGCCUUCUGGGCUCCUAGGCUUGCGGAACAGAUCAGGAGUCGCCGGCAUUGGGGUACCAAGAGGACGCGAGCUGACUACCUGACUCCGGGCGGCGCAGGACGCCCGCCGCGCGAGGGGCGGGGGCUAAGCGUAUCGAGGGGCGGUGCUCGAGAGCGCGGGAGGCGGGAGAGGCUGCCGCGCCGUGUGCCCUGGCAGCCGCAGCCCCGCCCCGCCGCGUCCGGUCCCGUCCUGUCCCGCAGCGUCCCGCCAGCUAGCUCCUUGCACCCUUCCCGGCCGAGGCGCUCCUCGGUGCUCCCCGCGCAGCCAUGGCUCAGCACUUCUCCCUGGCCGCCUGCGACGUGGUCGGAUUCGACCUGGACCACACUCUGUGUCGCUACAACCUGCCCGAGAGCGCCCCGCUCAUUUAUAAUAGCUUUGCCCAGUUCCUAGUUAAGGAGAAAGGGUACGAUAAGGAAUUGCUCAAUGUGACCCCAGAGGAUUGGGAUUUCUGUUGCAAAGGUUUGGCAUUGGAUCUAGAAGAUGGGAACUUCCUUAAACUUGCAAAUAAUGGCACUGUUCUCAGGGCAAGCCAUGGCACCAAGAUGAUGACUCCAGAGGUGCUGGCAGAGGCAUAUGGCAAGAAAGAGUGGAAGCACUUCUUGUCGGACACUGGAAUGGCUUGCCGCUCAGGAAAGUAUUACUUUUACGACAACUACUUUGACCUGCCAGGAGCUCUUCUGUGUGCCAGGGUGGUGGACUAUUUAACAAAACUGAACAAUGGUCAAAAAACAUUUGAUUUUUGGAAGGAUAUAGUUGCUGCUAUACAACACAAUUAUAAAAUGUCAGCUUUUAAGGAAAACUGUGGAAUAUAUUUUCCAGAAAUAAAAAGAGAUCCAGGCAGAUAUUUACAUAGUUGUCCUGAAUCUGUGAAAAAAUGGCUUCGACAGCUAAAGAAUGCUGGGAAAAUUCUUCUGUUAAUUACCAGUUCUCACAGUGAUUACUGUAGACUUCUCUGCGAAUAUAUCCUUGGGAAUGAUUUUACAGACCUUUUUGACAUUGUGAUUACAAAUGCAUUGAAGCCUGGUUUCUUCUCCCACUUACCAAGUCAGAGACCUUUCCGGACACUCGAGAAUGAUGAGGAGCAGGAGGCGCUGCCAUCUCUGGAUAAACCUGGCUGGUACUCCCAAGGGAACGCUGUCCACCUCUAUGAACUUCUGAAGAAAAUGACUGGCAAACCUGAACCCAAGGUUGUUUAUUUUGGUGACAGCAUGCAUUCAGAUAUUUUCCCAGCUCGUCACUAUAGUAAUUGGGAGACAGUCCUCAUCCUGGAAGAACUCAGAGGGGAUGAAGGCGCGAGGAGUCAGAGGCCUGAAGAGUCAGAGCCUCUAGAGAAGAAAGGAAAAUAUGAGGGACCAAAAGCAAAGCCUUUAAAUACUUCAUCUAAAAAAUGGGGCUCUUUUUUUAUUGAUUCAGUUUUGGGACUGGAAAAUACAGAAGACUCCUUGGUUUAUACAUGGUCUUGUAAGAGAAUCAGUACUUACAGCACUAUUGCAAUUCCAAGUAUUGAAGCAAUCGCAGAAUUACCUCUGGACUACAAAUUUACAAGAUUCUCUUCAAGCAAUUCAAAAACAGCUGGCUACUAUCCAAAUCCUCCACUGGUCUUAUCAAGUGAUGAGACACUGAUAUCCAAAUAAGUUGUCUUUACUGAAAAAUGAAGUGAAGACCCAUAUAUGCAGUUAAAAAAAAAAGUUAAUUUUCAAAAAAAUACUGUAAAAGACUUUAAGGAAUGAGUUUUAUUGACCAAUAAGUUGAUAUUUGUCCAUAGGUCUCCUUUCUAUAAAUCAUCUUGAUGUUUAACAACUCUUAUUAUAUUAAAAUCUCAGUAUCCUAAAA